CUUUGACGUUGGGAACGUAAAAAUUUCUUCUUCUUCUUCGUAAAAAAUCUGAUCUUGUAUUUUAUUCUUUUCUUUCUCCCGUGAGCGGACCUCGCAAGAUUUCCAGGGAUUAAACGAAUAUGCUUAAAAACCAAGUUUUGAGGGUGAGACACGUGUCCCGGCCACUGCCGCAGGCAAUGGAUACCAUGGGCGAGACGGCCCGCUGCACCGGAGAUUGUGUAUAGUCGUCACCUCUGCAUGUGGAGAUCACUGAUCUUUUCCAUGCCUUAUUUUUGCCCUCUCUUCUCUUGUUGAGCAGGAGAGUGUGUGUGAGAGAUUAAAAAAUGGGGCAUUUGCAUCUUCUUCAUCAUCUUCACGGAGGGGCACACCCUGUACAGGGGCAGGGGCAUGCUCAUGUUUACACGCAGUCGCCUGCCUUCUGGAGAAUCCCAUCGUCUUCAUCUUCGCUUUCGCUUUCACCUUCACCUUCACCUUCACCUUCACUUUCAGGCCUCAGUCUCAGGCGAAGCCCAAUGCCGAUCGGAAUAGUUACCCCGAUCAAAGUAUCUGCUUCUUCUUCAUCUGUGGCAAGCCCCGAGGGCUUCCAGGUCACAGCGGUGCCAACCAAAGCAGUCGAAGGACAGAAGACUGGAACCAGUGGACUGCGAAAGAAAGUUAAAGUGUUUAUGCAGCGAAACUAUCUUGCGAAUUGGAUUCAGGCUCUGUUCGACUCUUUGCCAGCGGAAGAAUACAAAGGUGGGUUGUUGGUUCUAGGUGGAGAUGGGCGCUAUUUUAACAAGGAAGCUGCACAGAUCAUCAUAAAAAUAGCUGCAGGCAAUGGCGUGGGGAAAAUUCUUGUUGGAAGGGAUGGGUUGAUGUCUACACCUGCAGUAUCUGCAGUUAUUCGUAAAAAGAAGGCUAAUGGAGGUUUUAUAAUGAGUGCAAGUCACAAUCCUGCAGGACCAGAAAAUGACUGGGGUAUAAAGUUCAACUAUAGCAGUGGACAGCCUGCACCUGAAUCUAUAACAGAUAAAAUAUAUGGCAACACCCUUUCUAUUCAAGAAAUCAAAAUGGCAAAUUUUUCAGAUGUUGAUUUGUCUAGAUUGGGUGUUACAAAGUUUGGGAGUUUCAUUGUGGAAGUUAUUGAUCCUGUUGCUGAUUACAUGGAACUACUAGAGAGUGUCUUUGACUUUGAGCUCAUAAAGAACCUCAUAACUCGGCCAGAUUUCAGUUUCAAAUUUGAUGCUAUGAAUGCUGUGACUGGUGCCUAUGCAAAACCUAUCUUUGUGGACAGACUUGGAGCAAUUUCUGAUUCCAUAUGCAAUGGAAUUCCUUUACAAGAUUUUGGAAACCUACACCCAGAUCCUAACUUAACAUAUGCCAAGGAGUUGGUAGAUAUUAUGUAUGGAGGGGAUACACCAAAUUUUGGAGCUGCUAGUGACGGUGAUGGUGACCGAAACAUGAUUCUUGGUAGAGGCUUCUUUGUAACUCCUUCAGAUUCAGUAGCCAUGAUUGCAGCUAAUGCUGAAGUAGCAAUUCCGUACUUCAAGAAUGGACUAAAGGGUUUGGCAAGGUCUAUGCCAACGAGUGGAGCCUUGGAUCUUGUAGCAAAGAAACUAAACCUUCCAUUCUUUGAGGUCCCUACUGGCUGGAAAUUCUUUGGAAAUCUCAUGGAUGCAGGGAAACUGUCAAUAUGUGGGGAAGAAAGUUUUGGAACUGGAUCUGAUCAUGUUCGUGAGAAAGAUGGCAUCUGGGCUGUCUUAGCUUGGCUUUCGAUCAUUGCUCAUAGGAAUAAGGAUAAAAAGGUUGGUGAGAAGUUCGUAUCUGUUGAAGAUGUUGCAAAGGAGCAUUGGGCGACAUAUGGGCGUAACUUCUUUGCUCGAUAUGAUUAUGAGGAAUGUGAGUCAGAUGGAGCCAACAGAAUGGUUGAGCAUCUACGGGAUUUGCUUUCUAAAACCAAAUCAGGAGAAAAGUAUGGGAGCUAUGAACUCAAGUUCGCGGAUGACUUUUCAUACACAGAUCCAGUUGACGGGAGUAUUGCAUCUAAACAAGGAAUUCGUUUUGUUUUCACGGAUGGUUCUAGAAUUAUAUUCCGUCUAUCGGGCACAGGUUCAGCUGGUGCUACAAUUAGACUUUAUGUGGAGCAGUAUGAGCAAGAUGUUACUAAGCAUGAUAUGAACGCACAGGAAGCCUUGAAACCUUUAAUUGAUGUUGCUCUAUCAAUUUCAAAGCUUAAGGAUUUCACUGGACGGGAAGAACCUACUGUCAUCACCUAAGCCGACAUAUUUUGUUUUGUCUAUAUUUUUGUCUAAAUAAGUUUUCCAUCCCCACAAAUGAUGGUGUGGGCUCUGGUUCAGGUCCAAUAGUCACCUAGAUGUUUUUAUAUGCAUUGACUGCACUUUCAAUAAUUCACAGUUUUGCCAUUAAUAUGGAUGACUCUUAAUUUCAAGUUACUCAAGUACUGGCAGACAUGGAGGGAAAAAUUACCAACUCUGCAAGUUUCACCAAAUCUAUAAAAACUUGUCAUACAUGUAUGGUUCUCCGUCAUUUGUAUAUCCUCCUAUGAAAUUUUCUUUACGGUCAUCUAUUAGAUCAUGGCCUUUUCAACAUUUUCAUUGUCAUAUAUGAUCUCUCCUGGAAAUCAAGGAACUUUACACCUUAACUUUUA